AUGUCGAUGUUCAGAGCCAAAAGACUCGACCUUGGCUGCUUCGUCAAUGUCAAGGUGAUCCGCGAUCACACCAAGCGCAAGGUGUUCGCAGAGCACGAGCCGGAACGACAAGCUCUGCGGUACAUCAUUCGCAACCUCAGCCUGCCUGCAAGGACACGCGCCCAGGCGCAACUUCAACUGGCGCAAAUGCAUUGCUAUACACGCCCGACGCAGAUUCGGAAUCGGUGUAUUGAGGGAGGGAAGGGGAGAGGUGUGUUGAGGGAUUUUAAGAUGACGAGGUACAAUUUUCGAAUGAAUGCGCUGGCGGGGAGCAUACCGGGUGUGAAGAAGGCUGCGUGGUAG